AUGAAUUUCUACAAUUUAGCCUUUAUUUCUUUAGUCUCAGUAUGUGGUCUUCUCACAUGGAGACAGUAUCAUGGUCGAGAGAAAAGACUAGAAGAGAAAUCUUUGAUGGAGACAUCAAUUACUCCUCGACUGAAAGCAGAAGCGAACCAAUUCACUCGUCUCUUUCUUACAGUAUACUGUCUAGUAAUGGGAGCGGAUUGGCUUCAAGGUCCAUAUGUCUACAGUCUAUAUAAAGACCAAUUUGGUCUUGAAGAAACUGUAGUCGCUGCUCUUUUCACUACUGGAUUUCUCUCUGGAGGAAUAUCAGGCUAUUUUGUUGGCCAGUUUGCAGACCGCUAUGGACGAAAGAUGGCGUGUCUAAUUUUUUGCGUCACAUAUUCAAUGUCUUGUUUCUCGACACUGGUUCCACGGUCACCAGUGCUUUUUCUUGGCCGGAUCUUUGGGGGAUUGAGUACGAGCUUAAUGUUCAGUGCCUUCGAAAGUUGGAUGGUCACCGAAUAUCACAAGCGACAGCUUGACAAAGCGGGGACCAGCUUGAACAGUCUCUUUGGUAUCAUGACAACUUUAAAUAGUGUUGUGGCUAUCCUAGCUGGAGUAUCCAGCGAGUGGCUUGUUCAAGUCACAAACACCAAGCGAGCUCCUUUCAUGGCGAGUGCUGGGCUGCUUAUUGUUGCUUUUUGGAUCAUACUAGGAUGCUGGACCGAAAACUAUGGCGACAGUCACCAUUCACCCACAUCGCCGUCAUCAUUUUCCUCAUCCACGCAGGCGAAGAGCGCACUUCAAAUCGUCUUCACAGACCAACGCAUAUUGACCCUCGGUCUUGCAUCCUGCUUUUUCGAAGGCAGCAUGUAUCUCUUCGUCUUCUUCUGGACUCCUGCUUUGAAAGCAGCACAUUCACAGAAGAGCUCUUCUUCAAGCCCUGCAUCAUUACCUUUUGGUACAAUAUUUGCCGCAUUCAUGGCCUCCGUUAUGGUUGGAUCCCUCCUCUUCAACCUCCUAAUCUCCACUCAUCGCCUCAUCUCCCCUACCCGCCUCCUAACCAUCAUCUUCGCAACCGCAUCUUCCAUGCUUCUGAUCCCCGUCCUAACAAGAUCCGAGACAUUGACAUUCUGGUCUUUCUGCAUAUUCGAAGCUUGUGUCGGAAUGUAUUGGCCUAGUGUAGGAUCUUUGAAAGGGAGAGUGAUAGAAGAUGGGGUUAGAGCAAGGAUUUAUGGGAUGUUGAGGAUUCCAUUGAAUGUCUUUGUGGUGGUUGCAUUGGGUUUGAUCAAGGAGGGAGAGGGGCAUAGGAAUGCGGUCUUUGUGGGGUGUAGUGGGUUGUUGGUUCUAACAAGUGGGAUUUUCCACCAUUUUGUUGGGGAGGGAUGA